UUAUAUAUGAACGACAAGCCAGAUAUAAUUCACACACUCAAGAUUAAACAGCUAUUAUUGUCUGCCAACAAUGGAUUUAGAAUCUGAAAUAUCAAACUCUAAUUCUAGAUCAGAUUUAGGCAAGUUUGCAGAAAAUGUUACAAGAUUUAGUUUAAAUUACCUAACUAGAUUCGGAAUAGCUGGCGUUGUUGUGUAUUCAUGUUGGAUAGCCAUAGUUAAUUACAAUUAUUGGUUUUCUUGGCAUGUGAUUUUGUGUACUUUUGGGUAUCUUCCCCUUAUGGCAGAAUCACUGAUGCUAUUUACAGGAGACGAACUUUGGUCUAGACAAAUGACCCGUACAGCUAAAUAUACAAUACACGGUAUAAUAGUUUCAAUUGGGACUGUUAUGAUUAUUGCAGGAAAUGGUUUGGUGUUCCAUUAUAUUUCUCCUGGAUUUCAUUUGAAUACUGUACAUGGAAUCACUGGUUUGGUAUCGAUGAUUUUAAUAAUAGUCGCAAUCCCAGUGGGUUUGAUGAUAAAAUACUACCGAGAAUUGCAAUCCUAUGUCCCAAUAAUACGUCCUAUAUGGUACAAAGGUCUGCAUAAUGUUUUAGGCGUAUUAGGCUACAUCAUAGGCAUUAUAAGUUUAUGUUUCGCAUAUUAUACACAUUGGUUUGUUUAUUAUACUCAAUACGAAUCCAGACUUGUAGCUUUAAUUGUAACUGUUUUAGCUACAGCUUGGACGUUAAAUGGUGCAAUUGUAUCCAUGUGGUAUCAAAUAAAGACAAUUUGUUCAUAAAAAAAUGUGUA